UGAUGUCAUCAUUCAGCGACCGCCAUAAUCUUUACUAGCCAUGUGAAUGUUGUAGCUGUGUUGGUAAGAAACGACAGCCAGUUUUGAACGAUUUUGAUGUUUUAACGGUAAUAAUAUACUCCGGUAAAUGGUUUGCUCGGCUUGUUUUGUGUUGUGAAAUACUUGGAAUUCCUGCGUUUGGCUAACGUUAACGGACAGAGCUAGGAGCUACAUUGGCUCCUAAGCACACUCGCAAUGUCAUCUUGCAAACGAUUGCUGUCCGUUUUGCGACAUAGAGGGGCGUCCUCAGUGAUCAGAAAAGUCGCUACAUGGUCACCUGUUGGAGCUGCCUUCAAUGCCAAGCAACAGAGAAGACUCGACCUAUUUGAGAAAAAUGUCGGUCUGUUUGGUGUACCAGAACUGAGCUCCCCUGAUGGGUUUGCGGUGGUUCAGGACAGGGCUCUGCGGGAGACCGAGCAGUUGGUUGAGCAAGCUUGCCGCAGCCCACCUGGAGCCAUCACCGUGAAAACAUUCGACCAACUCUCCGACACACUAUGUAAAGUUGCAGAUCUGGCUGACUUUGUUAAAGUAGCCCACCCUGAUCCAGCUUAUCGGGAGGCUGCUGAAAAAACCUGUAUUAAUAUUGGCACCAUGGUCGAGAAGCUUAACACCAACGUGGAGCUCUGCGGUAGCUUAAAGAAUUUGCUGGACAACAAAGACGUAAUGAACAGCUUGGACCCAGAAACAAGGAGAGUGGCAGAGCUGUUCAUGUUUGACUUUGAGAUCAGUGGGAUCCACCUCAAUGAAAAAAAGCGCAAGGAAGCGGUCAACCUCAACGUGAAGCUUCUGGACCUGAACAAUGACUUUCUUGUGGGUUCUCACAUGCCGAAUAAGAUUGAGAGGAAUGCACUACCCAGCCACAUUCAGCAUCACUUCUUCAAAGACAGCCAAUACAUCCACGUCAGUGGGUUUCAUGCCGACACCUCCGAUGACCUGGUUCGCGAGGUGGCCUACAAGAUUUUCCUCUACCCUAACACCCAACUGAUGAACACAUUGGAGGAGCUGUUGGUGUGCAGACACGAGCUGGCUAAACUCGUAGGCUAUGACUCGUACGCACACAGGGCCCUGAAAGGGACCAUGGCUAAGAGCCCAGAAACUGUCAUGAAUUUCCUGCAGCUUCUCACAGACAAGCUGUCAGACAGGUCAGCACAGGACUUCUCAAUGAUGAAGGACAUGAAGACCAAGCUCAACCCCAGAAAUGCGGACCUCAUGCCGUGGGACCAUCCCUACUUCAGUGGGGUGCUGAGGGCAGAGAGGUUUAACAUUGAGCCCAGCCUGUACAGUCCCUUCUUCUCCCUGGGCGCGUGCAUGGAGGGCCUCAACAGCCUGUUCACUGAGCUCUUCGGCGUGUCGCUGAUGGCUGAGCACCCCAGUGCUGGAGAGGUGUGGAAUGACGACGUCCGCAAGCUGGCGGUAGUUCACGAGACAGAGGGGCUGCUGGGAUAUAUCUACUGUGACUUCUUCCAAAGGCCAGAAAAACCUCACCAGGACUGCCACUUCACCAUCCGUGGCGGGCGCGAGCUGUCGAGCGGGCAGUACCAGCUGCCGGUGGUGGUGCUGAUGCUGAGCCUGCCCCAGCCCAGUAAGAGCGCCCCUACGCUGCUCACCCCCGGCAUGCUGGAGAACCUCUUCCAUGAGAUGGGCCACGCCAUGCACUCAAUGCUCGGACGCACCCGCUACCAGCACAUCACCGGCACAAGGUGUUCCACUGAUUUCGCGGAGGUGCCCUCUAUCCUGAUGGAGUACUUUGCCACUGACUACCGGGUGGUGAACCAGUUUGCCCGGCACUAUCAGACUGGACAGCCUCUGCCAAAGAACAUGGUGAAUCGCCUGUGUGAGUCCAAGAAGGUUUGCGGUGCAGCAGACACUCAGCUCCAGGUGUUCUAUGCAGCCCUGGAUCAGGUGUAUCACGGCGCACCACAGAACCGUUCCACCACGGACAUCCUGAAGGAACUGCAGCAGAAAUUCUACGGCCUUCCCUACAUUCCCAACACAGCUUGGCAGUUGAGAUUCAGCCACCUGAUUGGCUACGGCGCCAAGUACUACUCCUACCUGAUGUCCCGGGCGGUUGCCUCCAUGGUGUGGAAUCAGUGCUUCAUCGGAGACCCGCUGAACAGAGAGAUGGGGGAACGCUACAGGAGGGAGAUGCUGGCCCAUGGUGGAGGCAAGGAACCCAGGCACAUGGUGGAAGGCAUGCUUCAGAAGAGUCCGUCCAUCGAGGACUUCGUGGACGCACUUGUGUCUGACCUCAACCCCGACUUCGAGACCUUCAUCAUGGACUCAGAGAGCUGAUUAGAAGAGACGAGGCUGUGUGUGUGUGUGUGUGUGUGUGUGUGUGUGUUUGCCAUGGUGAACUGCAUCUAGCAGCUCAACUUCCAAACCCCUCACUGAGACUACAUGGGUUACAUGUUCAUCAUGAUCACCUAUGCAUUCACACAGUGUAACAGAGACAUCAAAUUAAUCUCAUCUGUUAGUCAGUGCACAACACACCACUUUCAAACGCCAACACCCCCAACCUCGACCUUCCACCGGUAUUGGCCAGACUAAGCUGUUUUUUUGGCUCUGUAGGUCAUUAAGUAAUUUCUGGACUUGACUUCACCUGUGACUUGCUCAUGAUGAAUGCAGUAAUCUGUCCAGCACUUUAACCGCAGACAAAUCUGACUAAAUUGCCAUUUGGAAAUUUACCAAGCCCCUUUAGGUGUUUAUGACCAAUGUUUGUUCUGUGAAUGUCAGUUGAAUGGACCUCUGUAUAGGACAUUUGGUAAAUACAUUUUCUAUAUCUAUGAAUUUUACCAGGGAUGUUUAAGUUUUACCAAUGUAUAUGUUUCAAAUCGACAGAUAAUAAAACUGAAUAUAUGA